AAUUUGGGCUUUGAAGACAUAUAAUUCUAAGCCCAGCCCAACAGAGAACGAAACUAGGGUUUUUGGAUUUAUAAUAACCAUCGUGUCGCUCACAAACCCUCCUCUACGGCUCUCAUAUUCGUUCCUCGUCUUCUCUGAGAUUUCUGUGAAGGAGUUUUUACAAAGUUCAACCAAAGAUGCAGAACGAGGAAGGACAGAUCACUGAGCUUUACAUCCCUAGGAAGUGUUCUGCUACAAACAGAUUGAUUACCGCGAAAGACCAUGCUUCGGUUCAGAUUAACAUUGGGCAUGUGGAUGAGAAUGGUAUCUACAAUGGUCAAUUCUCCACCUUUGCCCUCUGUGGCUUCAUCCGUGCUCAGGGUGAUGCUGACAGUGCCCUAGAUCGCUUGUGGCAGAAGAAGAAAGUUGAAGUUAAGCAACAGUAGGCUACCAUGAUACUUUGUUAUGUAUUGAUUUCUACCUUUGCUAGUAAUAUUUGAGGAUUAUGAUUGUCAUUUUGAGCAAAUACUUGUUCUGAAUUUUCGUUGGUACUUGGUACCCCAGCUAAGGUUGUUUUUUUGACAAUGCGUUGAAGUUUUCGGUUGUCUUAUAUUUCAAUCUUAGAUUAUUUCU